CGACAAAAUUUGAGCGACUUUUUCCAGUCGUUUGUCGAUGCACCAUGAUAUAUCCUUGGUGGCUUGCAGGCGAAUUUGUGCCAAUGCUCAAGCUUUUCCCCGCGUCCGAAAUAAGAAUUUCGAAUCGAAGAUGAUCUCGAGUCGAUCUUUUCGCGAGGCCCCAGCGGAGUCACGAUCUCGCGAUACAAAGCCCGAAUAGCUUCCUUCCACGGGCCAGCUGACCACAAGGAGACAAAACUAGAAGGAAGACCUUGUCUUAGAAGCGGGUGAUUGUGUGGGGGUCUAUCAGAUGGUCGGAACUUGCCACAUGGAUG